AUGACGGUGUUUACCUCUCACCCUGAAACUAAUCCCAAAUGGUGGAAAGAAGCCACUGUGUACCAAAUCUAUCCUGCUAGUUUUAAGGAUUCGAACGAUGACGGAUGGGGAGACAUGGAAGGAAUUUAUUCCAAGCUAGAGUACAUCAAAGACCUUGGCGUGGACGCGAUUUGGAUUUCUCCAUUUUACGAUUCGCCUCAAGAUGACAUGGGCUACGAUAUUGCCAACUACGAAAAGGUGUGGCCAACGUACGGAACUAAUGAAGAAUGCUUCAAAGUGAUAAAGAAGACCCACGAGUUGGGCAUGAAGUUCAUCACGGACCUUGUCAUCAACCAUUGUUCUUCCGAACAUGAGUGGUUCAAGGAAAGUAGAUCGUCCAAGACCAAUCCAAAACGUGACUGGUUCUUCUGGAAACCUCCCAAGGGUUACGAUAAGGAUGGGAAACCCAUUCCUCCCAACAAUUGGAAAUCCUAUUUUGGGGGAUCUGCGUGGACGUUCGAUGACACCACAGGGGAGUUCUAUUUGCGGCUAUUUGCCUCAACUCAGCCAGAUUUGAAUUGGGAAAGUGAGGCGUGCAGAAAAGCUAUCUACGAGAGUUCGGUUGGGUUUUGGCUUGACCACGGCGUCGAUGGCUUCAGAAUAGACGUCGGAAGUCUGUACUCCAAAGUCGUAGGUCUCCCAGAUGCCCCAGUAACUGAUAAAAACUCCCCCUGGCAAUCAAGUGAUCCAAUGACAUUAAACGGCCCACGUAUCCACGAGUUCCAUCAAGAAAUGAACAAGUUUAUGAGAGAUAGAAUUAAAGACGGAAGAGAACUUCUGAAUGUUGGCGAAGUGCAACAUGCCUCGGACGAGGUUAAAGAGCUAUACACCAGUGCCUCCCGGCAUGAACUUAGCGAACUCUUCAAUUUCUCGCAUACUGACGUUGGAACUUCGCCCUUGUUCCGCUAUGACUUGGUCCCAUUCAAACUCAAAGACUGGAAGCUGGCUUUGGCGGAGCUAUUUAGAUUUGUUAAUGGAACGGACUGCUGGUCAACCAUUUAUCUUGAAAACCAUGACCAACCACGUUCGAUUACCAGAUUUGCAGACGACUCGCCAAAGAACCGUGUCAUAUCUGGAAAAUUAUUGAGCGUUUUGCUGACGUCAUUGAGCGGCACUCUGUAUGUAUACCAGGGUCAAGAACUGGGCCAGAUCAACUUCAAAAACUGGCCAGUACAGAAAUUCGAAGACGUGGAGAUCAGAAACAACUAUCAAGUCAUUAAGGAUGAACAUGGUGAAAACUCCACGCAGAUGAAAAAGUUCUUGGAGGGCAUUGCCCUGAUCUCCAGAGAUCAUGCAAGAACUCCAAUGCAAUGGAGCAAGGAAGCACCAAAUGCAGGGUUCACAGGCUCCGAGGCUAAGCCAUGGUUCGACUUGAAUGAAUCAUACAGUGAUGGUAUAAACGUAGAGGACGAACUUGAAGAUAAAGACUCAGUUCUCCAUUUCUGGAGGAAGGCUCUUAAAUUUAGGAAAGCUCACAAGGACAUUGCUGUGUAUGGUUACGAUUUCCAGUUCGUUGACUUAGAAAAUGACCAGAUCUUUAGCUUCACCAAAAGAUACGGAGAAAAAGUACUUUUUGCCGCUUUGAAUUUCAGCUCAACGCAAGCUGAGUUUGAUAUCCCCAAAGAUGACGGAUCUUACAAACUGGUGUUCGGAAAUAUCUCCGAAAAUGACGUUGAUCCUCAGUCAAGACUCUUGACACCAUGGGAAGGAAGAAUUUACAUUUCUCAAUAA